CGCCGCCUCAGGGACCCGCCCGGGCCGAGGGAAGCGGAGCCGCAGCCCCGCACCGGCCCCGCACCGGCCCCGCACCGGCCCCGCGCACCUUCCCGGCGGCCCGGCCGCUCGCCGGCCUCCCGCUGCCGCCGCCAUGGGCUGCACGCUGAGCGCCGAGGACAAGGCGGCGGUGGAGCGGAGUAAAAUGAUCGAUCGGAACCUGCGGGAGGACGGCGAGAAGGCGGCCAAGGAGGUGAAGCUGCUGCUGCUCGGUGCUGGAGAGUCUGGGAAAAGCACCAUUGUGAAGCAGAUGAAGAUUAUUCACGAGGAUGGCUACUCAGAGGAAGAAUGCAAACAGUAUAAAGUGGUUGUCUACAGCAAUACCAUUCAGUCCAUCAUUGCAAUCAUAAGAGCCAUGGGAAGGCUAAAGAUAGACUUUGGGGAAGUUGCCAGAGCAGAUGAUGCCCGGCAGCUCUUUGUGCUGGCAGGCAGUGCAGAGGAGGGGGUGAUGACUGCUGAGCUGGCAGGAGUGAUCAAGAGGUUGUGGAGGGAUGCUGGGGUCCAGGCCUGCUUCAGCAGAUCCAGGGAGUACCAGCUGAACGACUCUGCCUCCUAUUACCUAAAUGACUUGGAUAGAAUAUCCCAGCCGACCUAUAUUCCCACUCAGCAGGAUGUCCUGCGGACCAGAGUGAAAACGACGGGCAUCGUGGAGACUCACUUCACCUUCAAGGACCUCUACUUCAAGAUGUUUGAUGUUGGUGGCCAGAGGUCAGAGCGCAAGAAGUGGAUCCACUGCUUUGAAGGGGUGACAGCCAUCAUUUUCUGCGUGGCCCUCAGUGACUACGACCUGGUGUUGGCUGAGGAUGAGGAGAUGAACCGGAUGCACGAGAGUAUGAAACUGUUUGACAGCAUCUGUAACAACAAAUGGUUCACAGACACCUCCAUCAUCCUCUUCCUGAACAAGAAAGACCUGUUUGAGGAGAAGAUCAAGAAAAGCCCCCUAACCAUCUGCUACCCAGAGUACACAGGCUCCAACACAUACGAGGAAGCAGCUGCCUACAUCCAGUGUCAGUUUGAGGAUCUGAACAGGAGAAAAGACACCAAGGAGAUCUACACCCACUUCACCUGUGCCACCGACACCAAGAACGUGCAGUUUGUCUUUGAUGCUGUCACAGAUGUCAUCAUUAAAAACAACCUGAAGGAAUGUGGGCUCUACUGAGGAGGAAGGAGCCUGGGGAGAAGUUUUUCCAGUGUGGUGUUUUCAGACCCAGACUCUUUUUGCUGCCUCGUGGGGAGAGCUGCAAGCAUGACCAGGAGCAGGGAAGGCCCCCAGCAUGCAGCAUCCUUCCCUUCUUUAGCACAAUCUUCUGUAUUAGGGAUCUUUUUAAUUGAUAUUGGGAUGGUGACCUCUAGGUCAAGCUGGAACAACUGUUUGUGUGAUUAGAUCCAUCCUGGCAUCGUUUGGAUGGUGUGAUCUCCAGUGUGUACAGCUGUUGUGAAGUUGAGGUGCUGGAUUCCAGGCCUUUGAUAUGUAGCUUUCUCUCUUUCUUUUGGUUAACAAGCCACCACUAGUCUGUUUUUAAGGUUGUUUUUUUGUGGGGUUUUUUUUUCAUCAAGAAAACUUAUAACUUUACUAAAUUUUAUUUCUUUAUUUGCAAAUAAAUCUUGUUUUAAUAAUAAUAAUAAUAAUAAAAAAAACAAAAACAACAACAACAAAAUCACUUAACUAUGCACAUGUGACCAGAUCAUGCAGAAAGUAAUUCCUCUUAGCAGGAACUCUUUGUUUUUAACACUUGGUAUGGUCAGGAUUUAAUAUUUCUGCAACUACUUAAAGGAUCCUUAGAGCUCUUCUGGCGAUAGCUUUGGCUUUUUCUGCUCUGUAACUUGUCACCCUCCUGCUCCCAAAAGGCUUUGGGAAGAAGCUUCUGCAGCAGGACCAAGUCCUUUUAGCUUCGGGGUGAACCUGGUUUGUGCUGAACCCCCCCAGGGAGGUUCCUUCUGCCUGGCAAGCAGCAGGCUGGGUGGGGGGAGCCUUGGGCUGCAUCCCUGGGAGAACCAAACUGGAUGGGAAGUGCUGCUCAGAGCUGCUCCUCCCAACACCGAGACCCUUGGGGUGGUUUUGGUCUCAACCAGUGGAUGGGUUUGUGAAGGGUGCCCCUUGUUCUGCCCUUCCCAUGGCUUUUUCUGUUCAGAGACUCCUUAACCUGUAUUGACAAGCAUGCCUUUACUUUGUAUAUGUGGUGCCAAAUCCCUGUUUGCCAUCGUUUUUCCUGUAGUGCUGUUCAUAACCAGUCAGUACAUUCCUUGGCUGAACCAUUGCAUUCAGACUC